AUGAUUGAGUUUGACCCUGUGUGUUUAAAAUCGAAAGAAAAUGGAUCAAUUCUUUUAUCUAUAUGGAGAACUAGAUGUAAAGGAGAGAUAACAAAUAGUGAAAUAUUCAUUUUACCGCCAGUUUAUCCAAAAUUUUUAAUUAUAAAAUUCAAAUUCUAUAUAAAUGAUUUACCGUCAUCCUAUGAUUUCCUAUAUAACAUCAAAUGCUGUUUUGAAAACGGAAAAUUAUUUUGGGAAGAGCAAUUAUCUUACACUUUCAAUAUUGCAAUUGAUAGUAAUGAGAUAACCUUAAAACUGGGCUGUAAGAUAUGGACUGCCGAAAAAAUUGCAACGUUAAUAGAGCAGCCUUCUGAAUUAUUAGUGUAUAAUAAUAACUCUCUUACAUCAAAAAUUGAUUUUGUUCCUCAAGUAGAAAUUACAGUUAACUUUAUCCAUGAAUCAAUAUUAGAAUUAGAGCUGCAUAGUUUUGUUAAUCAAAUUAAUGAAUAUUUGGCAUCUUUAUUUAUAUCUCAAUUAGAAUUUCGUUAUCCAUUAGUCUUUUCAACAGUAGCGAGAAAGAGAUUUCAAAUGGUAGAAAGUCAAAUAGGACCUAUUUCAUAUUCCCUGACAGAAAGUUCAGCCUUAUUUCCUAAUAUUAUUCAAUGUAUCAUAAAAGAUAAAACAUCUCUUACAUCAUAUCAAAUAAUUGGGAAAUUCAAAAGAAAGAAGACUGAUAAAAUCAGAUUUGAUAUCCUGCUAGAAAAUACGCCUUCCGAAAAGGAUGUAGCAAAAUAA